AUGCUGGAUGCGGAUGAAUUUCACUACAUUGCAAAAUCAUCAUUCCUUGCUAAGAAUAUCUUCUUUUUCAUUCAAACAACUCAAUUCCACAUAAAGGCCAUUGAAGGACAAGAUAAACACGCAGCAACAGUUCAUAUGGAACUUUUAGACUCCCUUGGUCAAAGCCAGUACUUAGCUUGCUUGGCCCCUCAUUGUGGUGAAGUUAAUAUGGACUAUUCCAUCAACCCUAUCUUGCCUUCAUCGUUAGUUGUACAGGAUGAAUAUAUUUUUGUGCAAAAACAACAUGCUGAGAGCAAUAAAUUAUUUGUCUCCUAUCAAAGAGGACAAUUUAAAAUGUCACAUUUUCCAAAGAAUCUGCAUCCUCAAAAUUUCAACAUUUUAAAUACAGAUGAAGGACAAGUCUUUGUUGCUGUUCAUUAUAAGAAAGAUUAUAUCAAUUGCUACUUGUCUGAUCCAACGGGACAGUUUUUUGUAUUGACUCUACAAAAUAUUGUUGCUGUAACAUUAAAAGGACAUUUCCAAGUUGAUCUCUACCAAGUGAAAGGAUUGCCUGGAAUUUACUUGGCUAAUCAAGAACCAAAGGAUUUACAGUUAAAAGAAAGUGGGAGGCGAACGUUUAUAUCAUUUGACAAGGGAGGGAACUGGAGUUUAAUCCCUGUUCCAAACAAUCUACGGUCACAGUGUGCAGCUGAUAAGAAAGCAAAAUGUUCUCUUCACCUUCACCUUCAACAAAUUGAAACAUUCUUCAAUGUCCCUCGAGUACUCUCUGAUGAGAAUGCUCCUGGACUGAUUCUAGCUCAUGGUACUAUUGGGACUGGCCUUUCUUUCCGAGGAGUUGGUGUCUUCAUUACUCGAGAUGCUGGUCUUACAUGGUAUGCGGCACCAUUUCAUGGACUCCAUGAACUAAACAUCUUAGAUCAAGGCAGUGCAAUAACAGCAUUGAAUGCAAGUUGGAAAACUCGAGAAAUAUAUUUCACUUGCAAUGAAGGACAUGACUGGCAGAAGCAUAUAUUUGCUAAAGAAGAUGUCUACGUGGAUGGUGUUCUCAAUGAACCUGGUAUCAACACACUAAUUGUCAGGUAUGUUAUUCAUCUAUUCAAGUUUCUCACACUUUUUUAUAUUAACAAGACUUUUUUGUAUUUCAAACAGAUCAGCUCAUUAAUUACACUUGACAGAAUAAAUAAGAAAUAUUCUUUGUGGAAAUAUUAA